AUGGAAGACAAAAUCGUCGUCAAGGUCCUGGAGACCGAAAACAAUGAAGACUUGAGCAAUUCUUUUGAAGGGCCCAAGUGUCAGCUACCUGUCUUCGCGGAUUCUCAAAACGAGGAUCGAAAAAUUGCAGUGGAAAUCGAGCCAUCCACUGCGAAAGUGAAAACUGAGUUACCGGCUUUGACUGUUCAGUUGCCCUCUCAGGGCCACGAUUCGGAUAUUUUCUGCCCUCAGCAUGAAUUCUUGGAGGAUGAUCCAGACGAUGAGGGUGCGGCUCGUGACCUGGAUUCCAAUGAUCACGGCAAUGGCUCUGAUCCUGAAUGGGAGGAUAUAUAUGGAUCCAGAGCAUCUAAUGAUGACGAUUCUGACGGUUCCUCUGGCGAGAAAAUCUACCAAAGCGAUAACGAGCGACCCCGGAGUCUCAAGGCCCCCAUGCCUGGAAGGAUGGUUUCUGUUACAAUCCCCAAAAAUGAGACUGUUUUGGAAAAGGACGCAUCACAAGUUCCAACUUCCGUCGAACAGGCAACUCAUAAUGCCAAGCCGCGAUCUUCCCGACGAGGUAUAAAGAGCCUCCCAGAACCAGAAAAGGAUAUCGAAGUCUCUAAAGAAGACAUGACUCGAUCUAUGGAACGGGGACUGCGCAAAUUGGUCGGGCACACCGCGCUCACGAACGAGCUUUAUCCACAGUCCGACACCAGCGACGGUAAUAGCCCGGAAUCACCUCCCAAAGGCAAGCCUCGUAAGGCUACCCACGAAGAGCCGACGCAAGCGAUUGAAAAUUUGCUUGCAAGGGUAUCAGUUGUUACAGGUGCCCAAAAGAACGCAGCAAAACCUGCAAUCCCAACCUCUUUGCAGACGGACAAGUUGAAAGCCCUCAAAGAGAUCGCUAAAAUUAUUAUGGACGAGGAUCCAACAACUGACAAGCGUGAGAUCUCGAGGGACUGGAGGUCUUUGCUUGCAGCUUCCAAGCUAUUUCAAAAUAAGCCGCACAUGGACGGAGUCAGAGGAUGGAAAAUGGUGGGCAUGAAGCAGAAUAUUUUGCAUCACCAGCUCGAUGGAGCAGGAUGGAUGUGCAAGCGAGAGAAGGCCGGCACCAUCCCACGUGGUGGGAUGUUAUGCGAUGUUAUGGGUCUCGGAAAGUCGUUCACCACCCUUUCAUGCAUCCUCGAUGGAAGGUACAAGGUUCCGGAUGGGCGAAUGGCCCCUACUCUGAUCAUUGUCCCAUCGAGCGCCCGUCCUCAUUGGCAUCGCCAAAUUUCUGAUGGUUUCAACGUGAAUGUGUUUGGGGCCGUCUGUGCUUGGACGUCUGACACAGAGAGGACUUACACGAGCAACAUUAACGGCCUGAAACAGUUCGGUAUUGUGCUGGCCACGCACGAGGAUGUGCGCCUGUCAUAUCCAUCGUUGGGCUUGCCCGGAGUGCUCCAGAGUGAUGAAGAAAAGGCGCAAUGGUGGACGACAUCGUUCGAGGGGCAAGUGGGACUGCUGCACAGAGUCAAAUGGCACCGAAUCGUUGUCGACGAGGGUCAUGAGAUUCGAAACACCGAUACACAGCUUUCGUUGGCUGUCCGAACUCUCACUGGAGAUCGCAAAUGGAUCGUAACCGGCACGCCGAUUUUCAAUCGGAAAGAGGACUUCUACGCAUAUUUCAAUUUUCUUGGUGUGCCGAAUUGCGAGUUCUACAGGAACUUCUAUCAUAGUUUCUGCAAGGGGGGCGAGGCAGCUACACAGCGUCUCGUUGAUGUAUUGAAGCCAUUACUCCACCGCAAGACGUAUGAAAGCACAUACUUCGGCCGUCCGAUCAUUCCACUGCGCCACAUCAAGGAGUCAGAGAAGGUAGCUGAGUUUUCCAACGUUGAAAAGGUCAUCUAUGACGAAAUUCUCAACAUGGGCAUUGAAGAAUACAACGGCAAGUCGAAGAUCCACGCACUUCGCCAGUUCUCCAACCAUUUCCUUGUUGCUCAGGCCGUGAUGAAACCUCUGGUGGACGCAAUUGGCCAGGCCUUGAAAGGUCCGACUGCUGAAAAAGAAGGCUUUUGGGAUCGCAAUUCGAUCGAGAUCUGGCGCUUCAUUGAGCUUCUGGCGAGUGGAAAAUCCCCCACGGCAGUUUCUCUAGAGGCUUUUCCUAACAGCAUAGCCGAGCUCGAGCCGCCCGAGAAUCGCAUUAACUUGAAGCAUGCUUGCAUAGAGCGAGCGCGGAACUUCGCCGCUGAAGAGAACUGGGCCGAAUACGAUUCACUUACCUCUGGAGAAUGCAGCGGAUGCCAUGCAAAGCUCAAGCUCGCUCAAGUAUUUCUCGUUACUUCGUGCCAUCUUUACUGCAAAGAUUGUUACAAAAGUCUUCCUGGUCAUGAUGGUAUCUCCGGCUCACAAGGGAAAAUCUGCCAGAAGUGCAAAAAGGAGAUUACCAAUGCUGCCAACUUCCACCCACCAGAAGCUUUCCUUCUGGCUGGAGCGCCCUCCACAUCGUUUAUGUGCCCUGGAAACAAGCGAAAACGAGCUACCACACGCAAGGUCUCCACGAAAAAAGCCCCAAAGACUGAAAGGACCAUCAACCAAAAUGAGCGAAUUGACGCAUCACCUGGUCUUGAAAGAUCACCCAUUGAAGACUGGAUUCCAUUUUUAAGGGAAUACCAUGUCGGUGCCAAUUGGCUGGGUUCCAAAAUGACAGCGGUCCGGGACAUCGUUCGAGAAUGGCUACUGGAAGAUAAGGACAACAAGAUUGUCAUCUUCACUCAUUUUGUCGACUCCCAGCGCAUACUUGAGAUGGUAUGUGAGGAGGAAAAAUGGCACUAUGCCAAGAUUUCGGGUAAAAUGGGCGUCAUGGACAGAGACGAUCAAAUCCAGGAAUUUCAGCAUAACAAGAAAUUCCAGAUUAUACUCUCCACUUACGGCACGGGAGGAGCUUCCAUUGAUCUCACGGCGGCGAAUAAAUGCAUCCUGGUGGAUGGGUGGUGGAACAUGGCCCGUGACGACCAAGCCUGCUUCCGCCUGUUCCGCAUCGGCCAGGUACGCGAUGUAGAGUUCCUAAGGAUCAUUGCCGACGGUACGCUCGAUGGCCAACGGUCCAUCGACAGACAAAUGUAUCGGAUGCAACAAUCAAAAAUGAAGGCAAUCCACGGUAUCCUGGGCCCAUCGGCAUUUAACAACAAAAGUGCCGCCGAAAGCUUCCUCCAGAAUUGGGGGACACUUGUGAAGGAUGGAUUGGGCCAUAUCACACUCAUCAGGCGUCGCAACUUGACCACUCUGAAGGAAGAGGGUACGGGGACCGAAAAAGCUAAGUGA